CUCACGAACAGAUAAAUGGAGCAAUGGCUUAAAUUGAGCCUGGAGAGAAUUUAAUUCCAGAGUCAUUUACAGCUCUGUUUCGAGUAGCUUGUUCGUCUGUACGGUUACAUUAACCAAAGCGCCACCGGUCCGCGGGCACUGGCAGAGCCCGCCUGUCUUUAUGGCGAGCUGUAUGAACUGCAAUUGCAACAGUAAGUCGCAGUGUGGAUUAGACCAGCGAUAGUAGAAAGAAUUCAGAUGCUGGUUUACAGAAAAGGAUACAAAGUGCUAGAGUAACUCAGCGAUCCGGCAGCAUCACUGCAGAACAUGGAUAGGUAACGUUUCGGGUUAUUUCCCCCCCAACCAGAGAUUGUGGACGCCUUCACUGAUUCUGAUAGGAAUUUAUCAAAGAUGUCCUCGCUUGCUCCGAAGACUUAGGUCACGGGGAGAACGUACACAUUUCGUACAGACAGCGCCCGUAGUCAGGAUCGAACCCGCGUCUCUGGCGCUGCACCACUGUGCUUAGGUGAACACGGACAAUUCUCGGUUGCUUCACCAUUUUAAAUAGCCACUGGGCUCCUCAGUUUUGGAAAUAAAUGUUGGCAGUUUAAAGUUAUAGCGGGGUUGUGGUCUUUGCGUUAUUUGUCAGUCACGGCAACUCGGUGGCCGAUCAGAGGUUUGUAUGUGCCGGCGCCCCACCCACUCCAGUGCAUGCCGUCGCUUCCCCCAACACACACAAACCUGGCAACUCAAACUUACUUUUGUCUCCCUUCGGACAUGGACGGUGAGCCCAGGCAGAAACCCACAAUGGUCAAAUACCUGUUUAAACUCGUCGGGGGCGAUUGAAAAGUCAGGGCAGUUAAACAAAAAAGAAACAAUCAUAUUUCUAAGAUGGAAAGCUGACUUCCUUCGGUGACAUUUGUGCUGCUGGUAUGAAUCGGCGCUCUGCAGCGGGCAGACGGGACCCGCCAGAGCUGUGAUCUGCCUGACUCGCUGCUUGAAGGAACCUGUUCAGAAUGCCAGGGAACAAAUCUCUGGCGCCGGAGCCAGAGUUCCGCCGGCUGGUAUCACAGGUGCUGGAUGGGGGUCAGGGCAAGGAAGUAUCCUCGGAGUCCGUCCUCAGGAAAAGGUUGCAGGUGGUGGAGGAAGAUUACCGCGGCAGCCGACCCACUCCAGAGGGAGCCGGGGCCGUCUCCGCCACCGAGUCCUGCCCCUUCGAGAAGGAAGAGAAGGGAGGCUGGUGUAACGAUUGCCAAGUCAAGCUGGCAGAACCCAGGAGACAAGCGAUGAAGCUCGUCCUGCCCGGACCCACCAAGGAGCCAGGGUUUUCGGCGUUUAUUAUUGACAAGCUUCAAGUGGCCGACACUUCGAAACGAGGUCGAAAUGAUGGCGGCGAGAGCAGGUGCGAGAUUUGCGCGACGCAUCUGAAUCAACUGCGGAAGGAAGCCAUUCAGACGGUCCAUCAUCUCGGUCAAGUAUCUGGUCAGGGUAUACCUGAGCCCGCACACUCUACCAAUGCCGUUCCUUCAGGCAACGCUCCCCAAAGUGUGGUCACAGUGUCAUCGCAAAGAGAUUGGCCCUUUGUCAGAGGACAAAUGAGCAGGCAGCCGGUAAAAUCUGGAAAUGUGAUAUCUGGUGCAGAGAGACGGAACGGACCAGGCUGGUGUCAGGGUGCUGGCAGCCUUUCCAAGUCCAGUGUUCAAGUCACUGUUGGUUCCAGUGGUCUGAGCAAUGCUCUGAACUCAGUCACCAUACAAGCACAGCAGUACCUCGAGGGUAUGUGGAGCAUCUCCAGGGUCAACAACUUUCUUCCUCAUAACUAUUUGACACAAACAACAAUGACGGAGAAUGGGAAAGAAGGUGCAUCUCAAGAGACCGUCAUGCCACAGAACAGCAACGGGCAGACCUUGGUCGCAGGGACUCCAGCCGCACAAAGUUCAUUAUUGUCUGGGAGGAUUUCUUCUGGCACCUCUGCUGCAGCUUCUUUCUUCAUCAGAGCGGCACAGAAGCUGAAUCUCUCCUCAAAGCAAAAGAAAAGCCAUCCGCUUCUCCCACAAUCUCGUGAGCCUUCAAGCUGCAGAACAAAUUUCAGUGGCAUUUUGCAAGUGUCCCCUCCCCCAGCUCCUCCAUGCCUUCUGAGGGCUGUGUGCAAAGUCAAGGAUAACCCAGGCAUUGGCAAGGUGAAGGUAAUGGUACGGAUCUGUUCUUCGCAUGGAGCUAAUGAUACAUCCGAGUCGAUGUCUUUUCUGAAGGUGGACGCUCGCAAAAAACAAAUAACCCUUUACGACCCCUCUGUGAGCGGCCAUUUAGGUUUUACCCACCGGAGAACAGUUGUCGCCGCUCCAAAAAUGUUUGCCUUUGACGCUGUCUUCACUCAAGAUGCCUCACAAGCAGAGGUCUGCUCAGGAACAGUGGCAGAAGUCAUUCAGUCAGUUGUGAAUGGUGCAGAUGGCUGCAUAUUCUGUUUUGGUCACGUCAAACUUGGCAAGACGUACACUAUGAUCGGGAAGGACAAUUCAACGCAAAAUCUUGGUGUUAUUCCAUGUGCGAUAUCCUGGCUUUUUAAGUUAAUAAAUGAGCGCAAAGAGAAGACGGGCACUAGGUUCUCAGUCCGGGUCUCUGCUGUGGAGAUCUGGGGUAAGGAUGAAACCCUGCGGGACUUAUUAACUGAAGUGGCCAACGGCAACCUCCAGGAUGGUCAAUCUCCCGGUGUCUACCUCCGUGAGGACCCAGUCUGUGGGACCCAGCUUCAGAAUCAAAACGAGCUGAGAGCCCCCACUGCAGAGAAAGCCGCCCACUUCCUUGACGCAGCAAUUGCCUCCAGAAGGACCAGCCGGCCAGACUGCGAUGAGGAGGAGAGAAGAAACUCCCACAUGCUCUUCACUCUUCACAUCUACCAAUAUCGGAUGGAGAAGAGCGGCAAAGGGGGAAUGUCGGGGGGACGCAGCCGAUUACACCUGGUGGACCUGGGCAGCUGUGAGAAGGUUCUCAGCAAGAGUCGGGAUGCCGGUGGUGGUGUUUGUCUGUCGCUCUCAGCUCUGGGCAAUGUCAUUUUGGCUUUAGUCAAUGGUGCUAAACAUGUUCCAUACAAAGAUAGCAAGCUCGCCAUGCUGUUGAGGGAAUCGCUGGGGAAUAUAAACUGUAGAACAACAAUGAUCACCCAUAUUUCUGACUCCCCUGUCAACUAUGCAGAAACCCUCACAAGCAUUCAGCUUGCAGCACGAAUUCAUCGAAUGAGGAAAAAAAAGUCCAAGUAUGCCUCAAGUUCUUCAGGAGGAGAGAGUUCUUGUGACGAAGGUCGGAUUCGGAGACCGCCACUUUUACGGCCCUUUCAUGCAAGAACCACAGCUCUUAAUUCAGACCUCCCUGCGUUAGGAAUGUCCAGUGACCCUGAUUACUCUUCAAGCAGUGAGCAAUCGUGUGACACGGUCAUUUACGUUGGUCCCAAUGGCGCCGCGCUGUCUGAUCGAGAACUGACGGAUAACGAAGGGCCGCCGGAGUUUGUGCCCAUCAUCCCUUCCCUCAACAGGAGGAGCGAACCUAAGAGGGUCAAGGAGGCUGGUGUCGCCAUCUUGGGUAAGAAGAGUGAACGGGACUACUUCAAAUGCAACACCUUUGCUGAGUUGCAGGAGAGACUGGAGUGCAUUGAUGGAAGUGAGGAACCCAUCCGAUUUUCUUACGAGCAAGGGCUAUUCAUCUGCAGCAGCAGUGCAGCUGGACCAAGGUUGGAGAACACACAAUUUAUCUCGGUGCAGGAAGUGGCACAAUGUUCAACGGCAUUGGAGCAAGUACCGUCUUCACACGUGCAUGGAAAAUAUUCUUCGGUUGAAGAAGGGCAGAGUCUGGAGCCUCUGAUUCCUGCAACGCAACAGAAUGGAUCCCCCGUGAAGAGUCCACCUCCCUCAUCCCACUCCCUCACGGCAGAAUCUUUCCAAUCGCAAGGCAGGGGUGAAGGAAGCAAAGGGGAUUUAAGCGGUGAUAACGAGGCAGGAGGUGUCAAGGAGACAGUCUCAGCCGCCUUCUACGUGGCCAGAUCCAAUGUCCCAACAGCAGUGGAGCAUCCACAAGCGGCGAUAACACCUGUGGUGCGGGACAAGUUGUUCUUCACUCGGAGACCUUUACCGAGCCCCGCCCCGCCCCCGCCCCAACCAAAGGACAGACAGAGCGUUAGCUCAGAGUUCAGUGGCAGCGGCAGCAUUAGAACGCCCCCUGUAGGAAUGAGCCAUCAGGCGGCAAGUAAGCCCGAGCCCACUGCAACCGAGGGGGGCACGGCAGGUUACAGGAAUGGAUGCCAGCAUUCCGGCGCGUCUGGCGUGGGCUGCCGGAGAUCAGCGCUAUGGAGCGGCUGCGUGGAUCGGGACGUGUUAACCACCACGGUGACACUGCAGCAGCCGGUGGAGCUGAACGGAGAGGAUGAGCUGGUCUUCACCGUGGUGGAGGAGUUGUCCUUCGAAGGAGUCGGUGGUCGGCCAGCCAGCAUCAUCAGCUUUAACAGCGACUGCUCGCUGCAGGCUUUAGCUUCAGGCUCCCGACCAGUCAGCAUCAUCAGUAGCAUCAACGAUGACUUUGAAGCUUAUACCUCAACACCGACGAAUGCUGGGGCAAACCUAGACCCCGCUGUGCCGCUGACUGAUGACUCCUUUUGCAACUCCUCAAUCAGCUCCUGGCUGAGUGAAGUCAGUAUCUGUGCCGUUGAAAGUGAUGGAGCACAACUGCCAGACACCUUUGUUGUGCAGUCUUGCUACAGUUAUGGUGGGAACUCACUGAGGCCUUUUCAUUUGGACUCAGCUGCUGGGCUGCAAGACAUUGCUGCACCAAUGGCACUGGCACAACAAAGCACCCUGAUUGACAGUGCAUUCUGCCCUGCUGAACUUGACAAUGAAAUCCCCAGCACAAGCCGACUUCUUCCCAGCGCCAACAAAAGUUCCAAUGCCUUAAGUUUAUCCAAAGCAGUGAAUGGGACUCACGAUUCAGCUGUAUGCAGGACGAGCGCCCAUUGUCCUGGCCCAGCAACUUCCGAAGAUGAUUCUGUUCACUCGUCCAGUCUUCCCAGGAAAAUACAGCCUACCUCAUCCGUGAUCCAUAGCAGUAGCACAGUACAAUGCGGAGAAACACAACGGCAAGGAGAUGAGCUUGAGGAUCCUUGGUUAUGUCGCACAAACAGCCAACUGGAACCAAAAACAGAGGACCGAGAACUUUCAAUCAAGCCUCCUCCCAAAUCUAGUACAAACUGUCAAAUGAAGCAACAGAUGAAACCUGCUCAGGGUACGGGGACCAUUCCGAGGCUGAGCAAGUUUCAGACAACCGUCUCCUGCACGCAGCGAGUUGUGUACGGAUGUGAAAUGGCAAAUAAAGUGGCCGUGGUUAGCAACGGCGCCGGCGCAAUUGCCAGAAAAACUGAAGCCCCGGCGAGAGUAUCGCAAGCCAAGAAAGGCAAUGCAAUGGUCGCAACCAUGCCAAUAAUGCACACCAGCACCAACGCAGGAGCUGUGCCCAAAGACCUACGGGACACGUGCAGCUUGAGGUCGACAAGCAGUAAGAAGGCAGCAGCGGCCAAGGCGAGCAUGUUGCCGCGGUUCAACGGAAUGCCGCCUGCCCCUCCCGUCCGCAAGUCAAGUCUGGAGCAGAAAAACAGAGCCACGUUGCUAACCAGUGUCCAGAAAUGUACCAGCCCAGAAGCUGUUAAGGUAUUAGCACCAAAGUUAGAAAAUGAAAUAGAUCGGACGCUAAAUGUGUCUCAUUGCUUGGUUGAAGAUUGCAGUAGACCAGCAAACAUCAAACCCGAGCAGUUCCCUGUUAAAAACGUUUCCGCUUCAAAAUCCAGAAUGCCUAAGCCUGACCCGAUGAAUCGCUGUGGCAGUCAGAUGUCACUGGAGAGAUGUGAUAGUCUAUUGUCGGUGGGAUCCAAGACCAGUGCGGCCAAGGAGAGUGGUCACCCUGCCAUUAGCAACAACGGCAGAGGUGGACGGUCGGUUCCGAGGCUCGGUUUGUCACCCUCGGCUCCGGUAGCGGCAACCCCACCUGUCUCCAUGGUCCCCGUGCCAGUGAAACCCAAUCAGACCAAAUGUGCCUCCAACAACAAGGCUUUGGUGUCGGGAAGUAAGUGUCGGAGUCUUUCCACAAGCGGAGCGAAGGGGCUGAGCACUUCGGUAAAGUCGUUGACUCAGUCGGUGGGACGCAGCUCCAGUGCUCCAUCGAACGGGAAGGCGGUGGGUCGGUCGGCGCAGGUAGCUGCUUGUAAACCCGGCAAAGGAACUAUCAUGGGGACCAAGCAAGCGGUACGGGCAGCGAACAGCCGCGUCUCCGAGCUGGCCUCCGGAGUCUCCCCCGGAAAGACGAGCCACUUGAGAGGAUCGGCCGAUUCGGACAGCGGCAAUGACAGUGGGGUCAACCUGAGCGAUGAAGUCACCCAGAUACCGGUCCUGCCCUCUCCGUACAGUAAGAUAACAGCUCCCCGGCGGCCUCAGCGCUACAGCAGCGGGCACGGCAGUGACAACAGCAGCGUGCUCAGCGGCGAGCUACCGCCGGCCAUGGGGAGGACGGCCCUCUUCUACCACAGCGGUGGCAGCAGUGGUUACGAGAGCAUGAUCCGCGACAGUGAGGCCACAGGGAGCGCCUCAUCGGCUCACGACUCCAUGAGUGAAAGCGGGAUGUCCUCGUCCAGCCGAAACCGAACCGCAAAGUCCCCCAAGAAGCGGACCACAGGUACACAACGUCGCCGGCUGUUACCAGCCCCUCUGCCCGAUACUUCUUCCCUGGGCCGUAAGCCAACGGGCACCACGGGGCAGUGGGUAGAUCUACCACCCCUGCCGGGCACCAUGAAGGAAUCGUUCGAAAUCAAGGUGUACCAGAUUGAUGAUGUGGAACGCUUACAGAGACGCAGGCAAGAGGAGAUGGAGGAACCGUUCCAAGAUGUGGAUGAGGGCCUGACGUACUUCAAUUUAAAACUGAAGGUGUUGGAGAAGCGACAGCAACGCAUAAGGGAAUUAAAGACAAAGCAUGAGCUGCUGAUGCAGGAGCUGGAGGAGACCAAGGGCAGGCUAAUGAUGGACCCUAAUAAAUGGAAAUCUGAGUUUGAAAUCGAUGUGGACCUGGAUGAAGAGUCGCUGGAGUAUCUCGAGGCACUGGAGGAGAUAACCGAGGAGCUCGAACAGCGUGUGAACCUAUGCAAGGCAAGAAUAAUGAUGGUGACGUGUUUUGACAUUGGAGUGAUCACCGAUGUGAUGGAUGGACCAAAGGAAGUGCAAGUGUAAAGCUAGCGGGAGAGCAUGAGGAUGGUUCUCUACCAUGAAAAGCAGGCAGAACUUGAAGGAAGAGGAACUGUGGUUGAACAAAGGUCAGUGACGUCCAGAGAGAGGAAAGUGCAAGAACGUGUUGAGGGUGAGAUGAUGUGGUGACAAUGAAUCUUGAUGGCGAGCUGUGUAAAUCGAUACAGUGCCUCCAAGCCUAAAGAGAACGAAAGCUUAAACUGUUCAUGCAAGCAAUUUCCUUUCCCCGAAGGAAGGAAGAAGGCAAGAUAAACCGAACAAAGAACUGAAAAACCUUAAAGUGCCUUUUUGAUUCACUUGACUUAUUUGCAUUGGUGCUAGUAAAGAAACCAGCAUACCUAAGUAAGCACUGAAACAAAUUGCUUAUUUUAUAAUGUAUAUUGUAUUUAUAUGAUACAUGUAAAAACUUUCAUUGUAGCAAAGCAAUAAGUAAAUUAUGUUCACAUCCUUGACUUUGCCUUCUCGUUGAAAGGAGAGCCAUUCUAUAUUUUCAAUUUUAAUAUGUCCUUGUGUAUAUUAAUAUUCCAUGGUAUUCUGUUUCUAUAGUGUUUAAAGUUUCAUUCAUCUGAGCAUGUUAUGAACUGUGAUGACUUUUUGAAGACUUUUUUAUAUGUGAUCUUGUCUGUUUUUGGGGGUCACUUCUUUGUACACAUUGCUAUUGGUGCAGAAGUGCAGAAUGAAAUUCCUAGUUUUUGAAUCCAGUUAUAAAUAUAUCGGUAGAGAACUCGUGGUGCCAACUGACCAGAGCUGAAAUUAUCAGCGAUAAUUCAUCACAGCCAGUGACUUACUUUGUGCAGUGAUUCCAAUAUUGUGAGUUAAGAAUGAUCAAAUUUAUAUACUCUUUUUUAAAACCAAAAACAGGCAUACAAGAUAAUAACAGUAUUGAUUUAUGAGACAUUUGAUUCUGUCAUUGAAAAAUAUUGCAACUCAGGAUUUCUUCCAAAAAGAAAACAAAUUUAAUAGGAGAUUUAUGUGAACAUAGGUUUGUGUAAAGUUUUGUUUUGCAUUUUAAUACUGGCCAAAAGCCAUGAUUGUUAUGAAUAUUGCCGAACAACACCAAUUUUACAUGAAGAAAUAUGGGAUCAUAAUGCAUUGCGAAUGAUAUUUUCUGACAAUUUUUAAAUGUAAAGUUUUUUUGAAGCAUCUUUGUAUAAAUGUACAUUAUGGUAGUUGCAGUAGGUUUAUCUGUGAAUAAAUGACAUGCUGACUGGUAAUAAUUUUUCUGUUUCGUGGUUAUAAUUUUGCACAAAGAAAACAUUAAAAUGUAGGUCCAACAGUGGCAUAGUGGUAGAGUUGCUGCCUCAGCGUCCUGACUUCGAUCCUGAUCACAUGUGCUGUCUGUACGGAUUUUGUACGUUCUCUCUGUGACUGCGUAGGUUUUCUCCAGUGCUCCGGUUUCCUCCCCGAUUCCAAAGAUGUGCGGGCUUGUAGGCUAAUUGGUUUCUGUAAAUUGUCCCUAGUGUGAACUGCCAGAGGAGGCAGGUACUACUGCAACAUUUAAGAGGCAUUUAGACAGGUUCAUGGAUAGGAUAGGUUUAUAGUGCCAAAUGCAGGCUGGUGGGAGUAGUGUAGAUGGGACAUAUUGGUGGUUGUUGGCAAGUUGGGCAAACGGCCCUGUUUCCACGCUGUAUGACUAUGACGCUAUAACUAAUAUACGGGUGAUCACUGGUCGGCAUGCACUUGGUGGAUCGAAGUACCUGUUUUUACGCUGCAUCUCUAAACUAAACUAAGCUAAUAUUGAAAUAUCAAUUGGAAAUAAUAGUCUUUAUGAAAGUUUGUACUUUUACAUAGACUAUGUCGACAUAGAAUGAGUAACCGUGUAAAGUCAAAUCUGUCAAUGUAAAAACGUAACAUUGCAGAUGCUGGAUAUCUGGAAUAAAACUAGAACGGUCUUGAAACAUUCGGUAAGAUCAGAUGAAGCUAAUGCAUCAGGUCCAUAAUCUUUAAUCAGUUGUGGGAAAAAGUUGUAAAUACACAAGGUCCACGACAUAGACGUGGAGAUGAAAGUGAGAAAUCCAGAUGGAAAAUCUAGAAAUAAAACAGUAACCAUGGGUAUGAGAAUGGGACACGGAAGUUCAGGUUACAUGCAAUACUGUUUAGUUUAGUUUAUUAUUGUCACAUGUACCGUGAGAAGGAAACUGACCCUUCAGCCCACCGAGUCCUCACCGACCAGCGAUCACCUAUACACUAGUUCUAUCCUACAAAUUUGGGACAAUUUAACCUACAAACCUGCACGUCUUUGGAAUUUGGGAGGAAAACGGUGCACCCAGGGAAAACCCAUGUGGUCACGGGAGAACAUAUAAACGCCAUGCAGACAGUGCCUGUAGUCAGGAUCAAACCCAGGUCUUUGGUGCUGUAAGGCAGCAACCCUACUGCUGCGUCACUGUGCUGCCCUAAGUUUUAGUUUAGUCUAGUUUAUUAUUGUCAGGGGUACCGAGGUACAUUGAAAAGCCUUUGUUUGCAUGCCAUCUCGUCAAAGAAAAGAUUAUCCAUCAAUCCAAGCCGUCACUGUGCAUACUUAAAGGAUAAAUGGUACAACAUUUAGUACAUGUUUUAACAUUGAAGUCUGGUAAAGUCCGAUUAAAGAAAGUUCAAAGGUCAAGUGAAAUGGAUGGGAGGUCAGACAGGGGGUUAUGGAAGGACACAUAAGCACAGAGUGCUCCUGCCACACCUCAUUACUUGGUCAUUGGACAGGAGGCUGAGACAGCCUGCAAUGCACAUGGUUUAGCCUGCAGUAAAAUAGUCCUCUCUUCUGACAUCUCCAAACAUUAUGGACUUUGCAGAGCUUGGAUGACUGCUUCCACCACUGGCACAUUCAGACAUGGAGAAGGGGAAUUCAUGGAGGGAGGCAGGUGUUUCGGCUAUUUGGGGUUGGGUGGUGGGUGCAGGAAGAGCGAGGCUUACAUUUUCAAAGGAGCGAGCACUUGAAUAUCUCUUGGCCUAUUAUGGACCAGUGGGAAAAUCACAUUUCACUCUCUACUUACUUUCCAAUCCUCUUUCAGACCGGCUUCAGGGCUGACUUAAAAUUGCAGUUGGUUUCCAUAAUGUUAUCGCGUAUCAAUCUACAUAUGUAAAGGUGGAUCCUUCAGGGUCCAGGUAAGAGGUUCUAUACAAUUUACUCAGUGCAGGAGGUCAAAAUCGAAAUAGGCGGAUAACUCACCUGGCUUCUGGCAAGGUUAACUUUGUAUUGUAGAAACAAACAACUGUAGAUGCUGGUUUAUACCAAAGAUGACCUACAAAGUGCUGAUUUAUUAAAUGCUAUAUUUGAUACAAUGCAAAAAGAAGCCAUUUGAUUCCUCAUGCUUGCACCAGCCUUUUUAAUGGAAAUAUACAAUUGGUCAAACUACCCGAUUAAUAUAUUGUCUGAAUCGUGGCAUAUUAGACAGUCGUGAAUGGCAUGUGCAAUAGUUGUGUGAGACAGUCUGAAGAAGUGUCCCGACCCAUAAAAUCACACAUCAUUUGUUCUCCAGAGAUGCCGCCUAGCCCGCUGAGUUACUCCAGCACAUUAUAUCUACAUUAAAAUGUAUUUCAGUAUAAUACUGGCUUUUAGGACAUUAGUUUCUUAGGACAGUCACAUGCUGGUUUCCCAAUGGGGUCAGACAUUUUCAGUCUGAAGAAGAAUCCCAACCCAACCCAUCCUUUUUCCUCUUAAGAUGCUGCCGAUCCGCUGAGUGACUCCAUCACUUUGUGUCUAUGUUUGGUAUAAACCAAAACCAGCAGUUGUUUAUUUAAAUACUGCUUGGUCUUAAAACCUAUCAAUGGGAAAUUGGCCAAAAAAUAGAGAAAUGUUAUAGGGCUGUCCCACUGCGGUGACCUAAUCCGCAAGUUCAGAAGAGUCUGCCCUCGACUCAUGCUCGCAACAUGGUCGACACAAGGUCCUAGGAGGUCUUUGUACCUCUCCUUCAUGCUUGAGAGUAGUCCCCGCGUACUCGAGGCCUCAGCUAGGUCGCUGCGUAUUUUUCAACAUGCUGAAAAAUGCCUGCCCGUAAAAAAAGGUCACCAUGGAAAAAUCAAUUUUUUUUUUUACUCGUGGGUUUGGUCGAAGAUGGUCGUAGUAGGUCGGCAUGUUAAUCGUAGGUAAUCGAGGGUAGUCGAGGUAAUCAAAGGUAGUUGAAGGUAGUCGUAGAUAGUCUUCAACGUAAUCGAAGGGAGGUCGAAGGAGAUCGAAGGAGGUCGUCUUCACCCUCCACUAUCCGGUGUCCAAUUUUCCCGAAGCUAGUCGAAGCUAGUUGAGGCUAGUCAUUGUGUGCAAAGAUAUAACAUUGAAGUCUAAAGGUCUACAGAGAGAGUAGGAGACCACUAGUAUUUUGGCAUCCCUGUAGAUAGAGAACGACACUUUGCAAUUACCGGGUGACAGGAAAUAGAUAGCAGUGGCCACUUGGCAGUCAGUCACAAUGACUUGAUUUCAGCAGUGAAUGAAAGGUAAUCACCCUCUCAUUGAUUCUGCAACAUUCUUGCUCGACCAAUGUAAUUUCUGUUUUUUUUACUGCAGGAGGGGAUUCCUCCAGAGGUGGAUUGUACCACAGGUCAUCCAGACAAUUACCUGCCAGCCUCUGGAGAUGGUUAUGUGGUUCAGUUUUCACUUCCUGCCUCACACUCGAUGAACAUAGAACAUAGAAUAUCGAGCAGUACAGUACAGGAACAGGCCUUUCGGCCACAAAAUCUGACCCGAACAUGCUUCUACUUCUUUAGAAGACCUAGGAAGGCUUAGGCUUAGGCUUUGAUGGUCUGAAUGGCUCAAUUCUCUCCUGUAACCUGCGAAUGUACAAAGUUCAGCAUGUUUCCAGCAACUUCUCAACUUCUACAGAUAUGCCUUUGAAAGCAUUUUCACAGGAUGGAUCACAGCAUGGUUCGGUAACAGCUCCAUCCAAGAUUGCAAGAAAUUACAGAGAGUUGUGGACAGCCCAGACCAUCAUGCAAACCAACCUUCCUUCCAUUGACUGCAUCUACACUUCACGCUGCUUCGGCAAGG